CCUGACUGAGGUCAGUUGACAGGGCUCCUCACCACGGGGAGGUCGACAACAUGAGGCAUAGAUCAACAAACAGCUCAGCACAUAAUUUUCUACUGCGCUGUCCUCCCGCCACCCUGGAGGAGGGGUAGACCUCACAGCCCUCGUCAACAGCACAUUGAACUGGCUACAGCGCCUGGUGAGCGUUACAUAACUGCUGCUGCCUCAAAUGCAAGACAAAGAUUGAAUCAUUGAGGACAUUCAGAGAGCUGCAAUGUAUGAAACCUGAAAUAAAAACAGGAAAUGCCCCAGUAGGUCCGAUAGCACAUGUGGACUCAUUGGUGAAUCAGAGGUGAGAUAUAUCAGUAUCUGACCUCCAAUGAAUUCUGAAAUUUCUUUCUUUAUUCCAGAAAUCAGAAACUAUUAAAACAGAGAACAAACAGUACAGCUCAGGAAUGGGCUCUUCAGACCACAUUGCCUGUGCCCUUCGAAUGGCUGGAACAGAUAGAACACGUUUGUAGGGAUAUGGACCAAACGCAAGGGGAUGGAUCUAAUGUAGAUGGGAUAUGGAACGUGUUGGUUGGUGUGAGCAAGUUGGGCCAAAGGGUCUGUUUUCCCUCUGUGUGAUUCUACGACUUUAUGACACUAUGAGAAGGUAUAUCUCUUGGUCAGGUUCAUGGAUGGGAAAGGAUUGGAGGGAUGUGAACCAAACACAGGCAAAUGGGAUCAGAUCUAGUAGGCAAAUAGAUCAGCAUGGACAUGUCGGGCUGAAGGGCCUGUCGCUGCGCUGUAUAACUCUAUGAAGGCAUCCAAACGUGAGAAUUUGGUCCUUUGGACUACGUGUUAAUGUUUAAUUAAUUAAACUGUGUAGCACUGCUCACAGUGAAGUGUAAUGUCUUUGUCUGAGCCACGGAAGACCAUUUACAGUGACGGGUCGAACUCAUCUUCACUUCUUAAGUGAAAGGAUUUCUGUUUGAUUGUUAGAGUGCGAGUAUAAUGAAUGAAUCAUGUCUUUCCUGAGCCUGUUUGUUACGGACACAGUCACACUAAUCCUUUUCGCACUUCUGGCUGUGUCCUGUCUGAUGUAUUUGUACUCUGGGUGUAAACGCUCAGUCGUUUACAAGCUGCCACCGGGUCCGUCUCCUCUGCCGCUGAUCGGGAACCUACACACACUCGACCUGAAGAUGCUGCACAGGAGUCUCACCGAGCUGUCUUAAGAGAAGUACGGCCCAAUCUUCAGCAUCAAGCUUGGAACCAUGAAGGCUGUGGUCAUGACCGGCUAUGAGACUGUGAAGGAUGCUCUCAUCAACCAUCCCAAUGAGUUUGGAGGAAGAGGUCACAUACAAAUAUUUGAUGACUUAUCAAAGGAUCAUGAUGCUGCCUGAUCUGUGUGUUUCAAGCAUUCUCUGAUUUAAUUCAGAUUUCCAGCAUCUGCAGUUUAUUUGAUUUUCUUUCAUAGGUGCCUUUCGAAGGGCCUAUUUCCUCCAUGACUAUGAUGAUUCUAAACCACUUUGUCUCCAAUAGCUGGGAUUUCAAACAUGAAUAGAGGAUCACCAUCUUGAAACAUAAGAUUGCCUUCAUCAUGCCUGGAUCUUCCCUUUUCUUUAAUUGUUGCAAAAGACCAUUAAGUGUGCAUAACAUGCAAACGCAAUUUAAAAUAGUGCUUCACUUGUCAACCAACCUCAUGGGUAUGAGAAGGAUUUUUGAUUUCUGUACUUUGCUCUCAUGAUAUAGAAUAAAAUGUCUAAAAGAUUAACUGACAUAAACGCAGUCUGACAUGUGGUGCAGCAGUAGAGUCACUGCCUUACAGCACCAGGGACCCGGGUCCCAUCCUGACUACAGGUGCUGAAUGUCUGUACAGAGCUUGUACGUUUUCCCCGUGACUGCAUGGGUUUUCUCUGGUUGCUCUGGUUUCCACCCACAUGCCAAAGAUGUACUGGUUUGUCGGUUAAUUAGCUUUGGUAAAAUUUCAAAUUGUCCCCAGUGUGUGGGAUAGCGCUAGUGUGCAGGGAUCGCUGGUCUGCACGGACUCGGUGGGCCAAAGGGCCUGUUUUCGCACUGUAUCUCUAAACUAAACAAAACUAAACUAAACAUUUGGCAUAGAUAAGCAUUUCACUUGCAACACACAAUUUCAGAACGUGAUUAGCCAUUAAGUCAGUCUGUUAAUUUUUGUCUUGUUGGUAAUCUUCCACACAGCAAAACCUUCCAACUAUCAUGACUUUCAUUUCUAAGAACAUGUAAUGGUCAAUCUAAACCAACAGUCAUCUAAUGUUUACUUGUCCUGUUUUUACAUUAAUCGGAACUGUACAAUGUCAAUGUCCCUUGUGCAUAGGGAGUGGAUGGGAAGGUGGGAUAACAGAGAACGGGUGAUCGAGAGUUGGCAUUGACCCGGUGGACUGAAGGACCAAAUUCCAUGUUGAAUCUCUAAACUAAAUCAAUGUUUGCUUGUCUUCCUCUACUGCAAAACAUUGUAUGAAAUGCACUUUGUAAUUUUGCAACGGUGUCAGUUCUGUUUGUUCAAUAGAUUUGAAAGGCCAACCACUCAAGUCAAAUGUAUGACAUUUCCACAACA